CAUCACCACUCUUCUCUUGCGGUCAUACAUAUUUUGUAGACCAAUCUCCUCAACAACACCACCCUAUAUACAGACGGCAUGCCUCGCUCGCUGUCUUUCCGUCGUCAAACUAAGUCCACAUGUCUUCGACGGUGAGGGACUCAAAAUCCCACGGCGCCACCUCUGCUUCUCCUGCAAAUCUAGAGACUACUGCAAGUAGCAAUAAGAACUACAAGGGUUUUGUUGCUGGCGUCUUCUCUGGGAUAGCAAAGUUGUCAGUUGGCCAUCCCUUCGAUACCGUCAAAGUUCGCUUGCAGACUACCGGGAAGUCUCAGUUUCAGGGUCCGCUCGACUGCGUUCUGCAGACCGUCCGCAAUGAAGGGGUACGAGGUCUUUACAAAGGCGCAACUCCCCCGUUGGUUGGAUGGAUGUUCAUGGACUCUCUAAUGCUUGGCUCCUUGACCGUGUAUCGCCGCGAACUUCUCGAGCGCGUCUUCACGACCCCAACCCUCCGAACCAUAGACAACAAACUUCCACCUGUCGGCCAUGGCGUCGCAGGUAUAAUGGCAGGAGCCACAGUAAGCUUCAUCGCUGCGCCUGUUGAGCACAUAAAAGCACGCUUGCAGAUUCAGUACGCAGCCGACAAGUCGCAACGACUCUACAGUGGGCCAAUUGAUUGCGCCAAGAAGAUCCUGAAGGGACAUGGUAUCAGUGGCUUGUACCACGGCCUUUUUGCUACAUUGUUGUUUCGUUCGUUCUUUUUCUUCUGGUGGGGGUCUUACGACAUAUUCUCGAGCCUCUUGAGCGAGAAAACAAAUAUAUCUACACCGGCCGUCAAUUUCUGGGCUGGAGGUCUAUCGGCACAAAUAUUCUGGCUGACGAGCUAUCCAUCAGAUGUUGUUAAGCAACGGAUCAUGACUGAUCCCUUGGGUCCAGAGCGAAGGUUUCCAAGGUGGCGUGAUGCGGCGCGAACGAUAUACAGAGAGAAUGGCUGGCGAGGUUACUGGAGAGGGUUCCUGCCUUGCUUCCUGCGUGCAUUUCCAGCGAACGCCAUAGCACUACUAGCAUUUGAAGGUGUUAUGCGCGGACUGCCUGCAUGACCUGCGGCUUGCUGCGCUAUCAUACCUAAGAGAUUUAUCUGUACAUACUUACUAAUUGCGAUAGAUUUGUAGAUACACCCACACUCUCAUCUCGAUGCCGUUAGGCCUCUACACUGGCAGAUUUUGCUAUCAUCAAACCACACGUGCGCUCCAAUGGAUCAUGAAGCACGUCAACCUUAAACAGGAACACCGAACAAAUGGCAAAUGACAGCUUUAGCAACCCCCAAC